AAAACAUUCCGUAGUUUCGGUCGGAUGAUCUGAAAACACUGUCAUAAUUCGCAUAAACAAUAUAACAUCGUAUUCGGGAAAAAAUUGCUCCAUUGAUACUAUAUCUUCUAAAUUUUGACUUGACAUGGUGUUAUCAAUGGAUCGCUGGAGAGGCAAGGUUGCCAUUGUCACUGGAGCAAGUUCAGGUAUCGGAGCAGCAAUUGUGAUGAGGCUUGUAGAAGACGGAAUGGUGGUUGUUGGACUUGCGAGGCGUCUGGACCGUAUGAAAGACCUUGAACAGCAAUUACACACGUCAAAGGGAAAAUUCCAUCCUUAUCAAUGUGACAUGUCCGUGGAGUCCGACAUACUGAGUUCAUUCAAAUACGUGACUGAAAAUAUAGGACCCGUCCAUGUAUUGAUAAACAACGCAGGUUGUUCUUUCAAAUCCACCUUGGCUGAGGGGGAUACUGAAAAGUGGAAGACAACUAUAGACGUGAAUGUUCUAGGGCUCUGCAUCGCAACUAGGGAAGCGGUCAAGGAUAUGAAGAAAAAUCAUAUCGAUGGUCACAUCAUCCACAUCAAUAGCAUAUUGGGGCAUAGACUACCAGUGUUGGAAGGACUGAAUAUAUAUCCCGCAACAAAACACGCAGUAACAGCUCUAACAGAAACAUUGAGACAAGAGAUCAACAAGAUGAAGUUGAAAAUAAGGAUUACGAGUAUCAGUCCUGGUAUUGUGACAACUGAUUUUUUCACAUCUGGAAAUCAUCAAAGUAUCAAGAAACAAGUUGAGGACAAUGAUAUGCCUUUCCUUUCUCCAGAAGAUAUUGCUGAUGGAGUUCAUUAUACCUUAUCAACACCUGCCGGAGUUAACGUGCUUGAGUUGACGAUAAAACCAGUGAAUGAGUUAUUAUAGUGGACUGAAUGUUCACAGUAGCAAAAAUGUCGGUAACCAGAUAAUAAUUUUUUCUCAAUGCAUCAGUUCUAAUACAAUAUGUUAAAUAAACUGAAAGAGUUU